UCCACUCAUUCUUAUCCACCAAAAAAUUAAGAGAAAACCAAUCCAAACGAUAAUAAUAACUCAAAGUGCGAAAGAACAAAAUGUUAUUUCACUAAGCAACUCCAAAACGCUCUCACUCAAAGCGCGUUCAACAUAAUCCCAAAACGACAGCGGCACAGGCGACAUCAAGUAGCGCGUGAAAAUCAUUUUCGAAAACGUGAGAGUACGAUUGGCAAGCAAGAUUUCUACAAUUCCAAUGGAUCAGAACAUGUCUUCGUCUUCUUUGUUGCUCUGUCAACUUCCAAAAACCUGGUAGCUCACAGUCUGCUCCUUCAGAUUCCAGAGCAAAAAUUUCGAUGAUUUCGGCUCCAUUUUGAGAAAACCAGAGGAUUAUUUGAGAGAUUCAGCUUCUGGGUAUUGCAAAUCUCCCAUGUAUUUGAAUUCAAAUUCUGGGUUAAACGUCGUUCUCUUUACAUUUCUGUCCCUUGAACUUUGCCAGAAAAUUUACAAGUUCAGGUUCAAAUUAAAGGCUUAGAAAUCGAAAAUCCAUAAUCUGGGUUCUUUUUGGUUUUGGUGUUUCUGGAUUUCGUGUUUUUGAUUUUUGGGGUUUUGGAGAUAUAUAUAUAUAUAUAUAUAUAUUUAUAUAUUUUUAGGGAGGGGUCAAUGGGUGCUAAUAUGUCAGGUGGAGUUACGGACAUGGAAGGUGUAGUGAAGCCGAGGCUUGGGGAUAUUCCAGAAAGCUGUGUGGCAUUGGUUUUGAUGUAUAUGGACCCGCCUGAGAUUUGUAAAUUAGCUAGGUUGAAUCGAGCCUUUCGUGGAGCUUCUUCAGCGGAUUUCAUCUGGGAAUCGAAAUUACCUUUGAAUUAUCGGUUUAUUAUUGAGAAAGUUUUUCAAGAGACGAAAAUGGUGGAUAACCUGGGGAAGAGGGAAAUCUAUGCUAGACUUUGCAAGCCUAAUUCAUUUGAUGGUGGCACUAAGGAAAUUUCGCUGGAUAAAAGUACUGGUGGAAUUUGCUUGUUUAUUUCUUCAAAAGCGUUAACAAUUUCUUGAAAAAAAAAUGGCUUAUUAAAUAACCAUAAUAUUUGAAAAAAUUACAAAAAUAUCAUUUAACUUCAUUAAUUAAAUGGAGCUCAAACAAAUAGAAAGCUUAAUAUUUGAAAAAAUUAUAAGAAGUGUCAUCUAAUCUUUUAUCCUCAUUUUUAGUAUUUCUAUAGAUAAAUAGUUCUCCUUUAUGUGUGAUAUUGGUAAAAAUGUGGUUCUCUUUGAAAGUUUCACUGGACAUUUACCUUUAGACACAUCAUCCCCAUUAAAUUAAAACAAAAAAAAUCUAUCAAGUUAUAUGCUGUUUUGUACGCCACAUAUCGUUCUUCUUGGCGUGGAGAAAACUCUUAACAUUCCAUGUAAAUAAAGCUUAACAUGGAAACAAUUACACCACAGCACGUGCAAUGUUUGUUUUUUAUUCUUCAAAUAAGUAGAUAAUGUAAAUUCACAUUAAUCAACCAUGGCAUUAAAAAAUUAAAUGCAGUUGAAAUAAUCAAAAUACAAAUAAAUCAUGUUUGUUUUAUUUCUUUGAAAAGAUAUACUGAAUUUGACAAAUUGAAUCCAUCGCCAAAGGACGUAAUAUAGUUUCAUGGGAAAGAGAAUUUAUGUCUUUAUUAAUCACAUGCCUAUUGGUUUUUGUACUUUUUUUGUUUUAUUGUUAUUAUUAUUUUUAUUUUUUUUGUGAAUUGCACAUGCCUAUUUGUUGGU